GUAUAGGCUGUGCUGUCAGCCCAGUGUCAGUCUGAUGAAGAUUGGCAUGCAGUCUCAAUGUGAAACUAUCCCAUGAUGCAACAUGUGUCCCCAGCAUCUGCAGUGACAAUGAUGGCCACCCAGAGCGCUCCUCCGCCAUCGUACCAGGAAAGCCAACAGAUGACGGGCACGACUCAACAGAACACCAAGACCCCACAGGUCCACAUCCCAGCAGCCUCCGCAGCAGGAAAUAGCUCUGUCAGUGUGACCCUUGACCCCCAGGCCCAGCUUGAAUCUGACAAGAGGGCUGUUUACAGGCAUCCAUUGUUUCCCCUGCUAGCAUUGCUGUUUGAGAAAUGUGAACAGGCCACACAGGGAUCUGAAUGCAUCACGUCAGCCAGCUUUGAUGUGGACAUAGAAAACUUUGUGCACCAGCAGGAACGAGAACAUAAGCCCUUCUUUAGCGAAGAUCCAGAAUUGGACAACUUGAUGGUAAAGGCCAUUCAGGUGUUGCGAAUCCACCUACUCGAACUAGAGAAGGUCAAUGAGCUUUGUAAGGACUUCUGCAACCGUUACAUCACUUGUCUCAAGACCAAGAUGCACAGCGACAACCUCCUCCGUAAUGACCUCGGAGGGCCCUAUUCUCCGUCACACACCAGUCUCAGCAUGCAGCAGGAACUAAUUCAGACCUCCUCUCCAUCCAUGACCUCUGUCUCCAGCUCUGUUAACCCUUCAGGGAUUGUGGUGCCUGCUGGAGGGCUGCAACAGGGGAAUGUCGCCAUGACCACCAUCAACUCUCACGUGGUCUCGGGUGGGACCCUGUACCAGCCAGUUGCCAUGGUGACAUCGCAAGGGCAAGUGUUAACUCAGGCGCUGCCUCCGGGAACCAUUCAGAUCCAGAACUCACAGGUAAAUGUGGACCUGUCCUCCUUGUUGGACAGUGAAGACAAGAAGUCUAAGAAUAAGAGGGGAGUCCUGCCCAAACACGCCACCAACAUCAUGCGCUCCUGGCUCUUCCAGCAUCUCAUGCACCCAUAUCCAACAGAAGAUGAGAAAAGACAGAUUGCAGCACAAACAAGUCUGACUCUCUUGCAAGUAAACAACUGGUUCAUCAAUGCUCGUCGACGUAUCCUUCAGCCUAUGUUAGAUGCCAGUAAUCCUGACCCGGCUCCUAAAGCGAAGAAGAUGAAGUCCCAGCAUCGUCCAACACAGCGCUUUUGGCCCGACUCUAUUGUGGCUGGUGUAUUGCAGACGCACAGAUCUCAGACAGGAAGCAACUCAGACAACCCACUGAGUAUGGACAGUCUCCAGUCACUAUCCUCAGAUUCAGCCACCCUGGCCAUGCAGCAAGCCAUGCUCGGAGCCGAUGACUCAAUGGACGGCACUGAGGAAGAGGAUGAAGAGGAGGAGGAAGAGGAGGAAGAAGGCAUAGAGGAGGACGAUGAGGAAGAGGAUGGAGAGGAGGAAGAUGACAGGGGGAGGCAGCUGUCCAGCCGGGGAGUGGGAAGGAGAGAUCUUAGCAUGGAGCACAGAGAGGAACUGGAGUAUUUCCUCCUCUAUGAAUUUAAUCCCCAGGUGUUCAAAAUGUCAAUCGCCCAGGCAGCGGCCAAGGCCAUGCUAUCUGAUGCCCUGCUGCGGGAUGACUCUGGGAUACACCGUAUCAGCCACCUGGAACUGGAGCUUCCUCUUGACAAGGUCAUCAAGUUUGUGUCUGUGGGCCUUCCGCUGAUGCUGGUGUGCAUGGCAUUUGCCCGUGAAAUCUCCCUGGGGCCUCAGAUCAGCUGUUUUCCUCCCAGUAACUUCACUGUGAAGCAGGCCAGCUAUGUAGACACAUACUGCUGGGACUCUCUCAUGCAUCAUGAGUUUGACAGUGAUGGGAACUUCGAGGAGCGCUCCCUCUGGGUACACAAAAUGUUCCCUUACUCUCUUCUGGCCAUGGCCGUGCUGAUGUACCUCCCAGCUCUAAUCUGGCGCCAGCUUGUCAUGCCCACACUGGGAUCAGACCUGCUCUUCAUAAUUGAUGAACUGGACAAGUCCUACAACCGCUCAGUCCGAAUGGCCCAAAACAUUCUGGAUAUGCGCCAGAACACUAAGAACCCGCUGACGUUUCAGGCUGAGUUGCAGCGGGCCAAAAAGAAGCGGUACUUUGAGUACCCCCUUCUGGAGAGACACAUGCAGUGCAAACAAAACUCGUACUUUCUUGUUAGCAUGCUUUUCUUGCGGGGCUUCCUCCUCCUGAUCUUCAUGACUGCUGCCUGCCUGUACCUGGCCUACUUCCAUCUGUCUGCCUUCCUGCAGGAUGAGUUUAGCUGCUUCGUACGCACAGGGAUGCUGCGAGAUCAGAACUGGAUCCCUGAAUUGGUUCAGUGUAAAAUGAUUGGCCAGUUAGUCUUUCAGGUGAUAAGUGUUGCUAAUGGUGCCAUCUAUAUCCUAUUGGCACCUAUCGUCCUCUUCAGCCUCCUUCGACUCUUUGUUUGGGAUACCACCUUCAUUUCUAUCUAUGAGGUCCUCCCAGCGCUGGACCUCAUCAACAGACGACGGCUAGGUUGCCCACUGAACGACCUCAAUGUCCUCUUGCUCUUCUUGCGUGCCAAUAUAGCUCACUUGAAGUCCUAUGGGCAGGUGAGGGCUUUGUGUUCUCUGGCACCCCCACAGGUGGGAAACACCACAGCACAACAAGGUUUACAUGCAAUGCUGACCCAAGAGGAAAUAGAGGAGCGUGAAGAGGCAGCAAAGGAGCUUGCUGAGGAAGUUGGGGAGGCCAGGGAGGAAGGGAAACUCAACUUAGUGGACAUCAUGACUAUUCUGGGAGCAGCACAGGGAAGAGUGGUGAACUGCAAUGAGAAGAGGCCUCUGGUGGAGGAGAACAUGAGUCUCGAGCCAAACCACCAGGGGUACCAUGAGUUGAAGGAGACUGCACCAUUUAGUCAUUACUAGGCCUCCUAUGGAC